AUGGAUAAAAGUUGGAUAUGGUCUAAUAACAAAUUAUCAGAAGAAUAUACCAACGGGGUUAGUACUUUUAUUAACCUCGCACGUAGUCACUUGAAUGAUGAGAAUAAAACUCCUUGUCCUUGUACCGAUUGUGUGAACUUCUACUAUCAUGAAUUAGAAACAGUAGAGCGACACUUAUGGGUCAAUGGUUUUUCUAAAUCUUAUACAAACUGGGUAUAUCACGGCGAGGACGAAACUGCUUCAAGCUUCAAUAUUGAUGAUUUAGAGUCAGACAUAAAUGAAGACAACGAAGAUUCUGAGGAGGAGGAUGAUGAAAUGUUUGACGUUAUUGAAGAUAUUACUGGAGGAGUGCUUAAUAAAAUGAGUGACAAAUGUUUCGAUAUGAUACUUGAAUUACUUUGUCAAGCUUUUCCGACUGAUCAUAAGCUGCCAAAGUCUCAUUACGAAGCUAAGCGAAUGUUACGCACUCUUGGAUUGGGUUAUGAGACAAUUCAUGUAUGUAAAAAUGAUUGUACUCUAUUUUGGAAAGAAUAUAAAGAUGCUACAGAAUGCCCUACUUGUGGAUUUUCAAGGUACAAACAUAAAGGAAAGAAGAAAAAGAAUGUACCGGUGAAAAAAAUGCAUUACUUUCCAAUUACUCCACGUCUACAAAGACUUUUUAUGUCACGACAUACGUCAGAUGAAAUGAGGUGGCACAAAGAAAAGCGUGUAAAUACUGAAGGUGUACUUAGACAUCCUGCAGAUGGAGAAGCUUGGAAAGAAUUCGAUAAACAAUUUCCAGAAUUUGCAAAAGACCCCAGAAAUGUCAGAUUGGGACUUGCAACCAAUGGAUUUAAUCCAUUUGGAAACAUGAGCACAAGCUAUAGCAUAUGGCCUGUUGUAUUAGUGCCUUAUAACAUGCCCCCCUGGAAAUGUAUGAAAGAAAAUAAUUUCAUAAUGGCAUUAUUAACUCCUGGUCCCAACUCUCCAGGUAAAGACAUUGAUGUUUACUUACGACCCCUAAUUGAUGAGCUAAAACAAUUAUGGGAGGAAGGGGUAACAACAUAUGAUGUAUCAAAUAAAAAAGAAUUUAUAAUGCGUGCUGCAAUAUUGUGGACGAUAAAUGAUUUUCCAGCUUAUGGUACAAUAUCUGGAUGGAGCACAAAAGGUUACAAGGCAUGUCCUAUUUGUAAUGUGGAUGCUUUUUCGUUUCCCAUAUUAAGUAAAAUUAGUUAUAUGGGGCAUCGUCGUUUUUUGCCAUUAGAUCAUCCAUGGCGAAAAGAUAAACGCUACGAUGGUAAAAUUGAAAGUCGUCCUCCUCCUAAAAUAUUAUCAGAGGAAGAUAUCUUAAAACAAUUGGAAAAAGUUGAUCAGUUCAUUCCAGGAAAAAUACCUAAAGACGAUAAUGGAAAAUUGUUAGAAGAAGUCGUGCAAAGGAGAAAAAGAUUAAAGGUUGAUGUGAAUGGUGGAAGAACCCAAAAGAAUAAACCUAUUUGGAGUCGAAAAUGUAUUUUUUGGGAGUUAGAAUACUGGUCAAAAUUAAAGUUGAGACACAAUUUAGAUGUGAUGCAUAUUGAAAAGAAUAUUUGUGAAAGUAUCUACGGUACAAUGUUAUGCAUAGAUAAGAAGUCAAAGGAUACUGAAAAGGCCAGACUUGACUUACAAAGGAUGAACCUACGCAAAGAAUUACACUUGAAGAAACAAGGAGAUAAAUGGUUUAAACCACAAGCAUGUUACACAUUGCCAUUAGUUGACCAGAGAAAAUUUUGUACGUGGUUAGGGUCGGUCAAAUUUCCAGAUGGGUAUGCCGCAAACAUUUCAAGGAAUGUCAAUAUAAGUGAAGGUAAAAUUAUUGGCUUAAAAAGUCACGAUUGCCAUGUUUUGCUGCAAAGAUUAUUACCAGUUGGGUUGCGACCAUAUGUGAAAAAGGAUGUGAUACUUGCCAUUUUCGAGCUCUCAUUAUUUUUUCGAAAGUUGUGCGCAAAAACAUUAUACGUUGAAGACUUGGAUUCACUAGAGAAAGGAAUUGUAAAGUGCUUAUGUAAACUUGAAUCCAUUUUUCCUCCAGCUUUUUUUGAUGUCAUGAUCCACUUAGCAAAGGCACUUACCUUCGCAGGUUCUCUAAAAAAUUUAGUUAAGAAUAGAGCACGAUCAGAAGGUUCAAUUGCUGUAGGAUAUGUUGGUAAGGAGGCCUUAACUUUUUGUUCGAUGUAUCUUCACGGGAUUGAAACAAAAUUCAAUCGUCCAGAGCGUAAUUGGGAUCUCAGUGAGGUACAAAAUGAAUCAACGUUGUCUGUUUUUGAUCAACCUACAAGGUUAUUUGGUGGAAGGGAAUUUCGCAAUUUAGAACCUAAUGAGUAUAACAAGCUGCACUGCGAGCACAAAGCUUUAUUACAAUCUAAAGGCGUAGUAGACAUCAUUCGAACUCAAGAGUUGGAAUUUUCAUUUUGGUUCAAAGAAAAAAUAAAUGAAAAAUAUAAAUUAUCUCCUCAUCAAAUUACAAAAUCAGUCUUAGCUCUUGCAAGUAUGCCAGAUCAUCGAAUCUUCUCGUAUAAUGGAUGUAUAGUUAAUGGCGUGCGCUAUCAUACUGAAAUUUUGGACGUCGGACGAACCACUCAAAAUUACAGUGUUUGGGUUGAAGGUGAACAUGGUGGCAGAAGAACCUUAUAUUCUUGCCGACCAAGCAAAUCAGGUAUUAUAUUUGGAACAAAACUAGAUCUUCGUGAUGACAGGGGUUAUCUUGCUGAUCACAUGGGAGCCAACGCCAUAACAUCUGCUCAGGGGGAGGAGCUAAGGAAGCAAAUUGGUGCAUAUUUUCUUCGAUGGAAAAAGGUCGAUUUCAAUCGAUUAAAAAUACUAUAG